GCGGAAGCGCGGGGCCGCUCUGGGCCGCGCUCUGUGGCCCCCCCGGAGGAGUGACGGCGGGCGAAGAUGGCGGAGGCGGCGGCGGUGCCGCAGCACCGGUUCUUCUGCCACAGCUGCAAGGGCGAGGUCAGCCCCAAGCUGCCGGAAUACACCUGCCCCCGCUGUGAGUCCGGCUUCAUCGAGGAGGUCACUGAUGAUUCCAGUUUUUUCGAUGGAAGUGCCCUGGAUGGCAGCCCCUCCUCGCAGUUCGCAGAGCUUUGGGACCACUUGGACCACACGAUGUUCUUCCCGGAUUUCCGGCCGUUCCUGAGCGGCUCCCUGGAUUCCGAGGGCCGGGAUCCGGAUCGGGGCUCCCCGGGGGAGCUGUGGGGGCCCGGCCGCCCCCCCCGGCUGCCCCCGAGCCGCAGGUUCCGAUCCCGAGGCAGCUCCCGCCCAGAUCGCUCGCCCGCCAUCGAGGGGAUAAUCCAGCAGAUCUUCGCGGGGUUUUUCGCCAACUCGGCCGUCCCUGGCUCCCAACAUCCCUUUUCCUGGAGCGGGAUGCUGCACUCCAACCCCGGGGAUUACGCGUGGGGACAGAGCGGCCUCGACGCCAUCGUCACCCAGCUCCUGGGGCAGCUGGAAAACACGGGACCGCCGCCGGCGGACAAGGAGAAGAUCUCGUCGCUCCCGACGGUGCCGGUGACGCAGGAACAAGUGGACACGGGGCUGGAAUGCCCGGUGUGCAAGGAGGACUAUUCCGUGGCGGAGCAGGUCCGGCAGCUCCCCUGCAACCACGUCUUCCACAGCAGCUGCAUCGUGCCCUGGCUGGAGCUGCACGACACGUGUCCCGUCUGCAGGAAGAGCCUCAAGGGGGAAGAUUCCACCCGGCAGACGCCGAAUCCCGACGCUUCCUCCAGCCCCCUGCAGGAGCGAUGGACUUUCUGACCCUUCCCUGGAACAUUCCAGAGGCUCCCGGAGGCCGGAGCAGCCCCCGUUCCGGGCGUGCAUCGAGAAUUCCAACAAACCCCCCCUCCAAGCAGCGGGAAUUUCGGGGGCCCACCCACCCCCCCCCCCCGGGAUCGCGGCACCGAGCGCUCUCCUCCCGGGAAUUUCUCCUUGGAACCGCCUCGUUCCUCCCAAACUGGGAAUUCUGGGCAGUGAGUUGAUUUGAGUUUGAUGGAAAGGGGUGGUUUUAUUUCCAGUGGGGGGCUUCCGAGUCCCUCCCGGCCUCCUCUGGAAAAGGGAUUUUGGGGGGGAUCUCCCCUUGCGCUCCGGGAAGCUGGAAUUGUCUGGGAUUGCCUGGAAUUGUGGGGCGGGAGGGAUUUUAUUGCCCCAUUUUGGGUGGAAUCCUCGGGGUCCGUAAAAUCAGGGGGCAGCUGGAGGCAGGAGGGGUCUGGAGCCCUUCCCGAAGGGGGGAUUGGACCCUCAGGAGUCUGGGAAUGCUCUGGGAUCAGGAAUGCUCCGAGCAGGAUUUUGGCAGCUCCAGGAUCCUGGACUUUUUUCUUUUUUUUUUUUUUGGUUUUUUUUUUUUUUGGAGGGGGGGGUUGUUUUGGGGGUUUUCCAACCCUUUUCCACGUGCCUGUGGCCCCAGGUGUGUCCAAACCUCACCCCCCCCCUCGCCAUUCCAGACAGGAAUUAUGGACCACGUUGCUCAUCCCUUGGGAAUUCCCCCCCCACCUUCCCCAGUAACUUAAGGAAAAUCUUUAUUUUUGCCGAUUCUUUGGUUGUUUUGAGGGGUUUUUUUCCCCUCGUUUCUGUGAAGUUUCAUUCAGGUCUUAAUCCUUGGAAUUAUCCUUGGACUCCUGGGAUCCACUGACCCUCCCCCUCCUGGAGGGGGGUGGGACAUUCCCAAACCUCUUGGGGUUGGUGGCUCCGUGUCCACAUGGAUUGAAUUCCCCGUUUUCUUUGCUCUUCCGUCCAAUAAAGGCCUUUCUCAAGGAA